AUGUGGGAUUCCAGCAGACACGUGUGUUCCCCGGAACGGCCCAAAGCCGGUUCCCUGAGCCCCGGGGACAGAACCUUGGUUCCAUGCUCCCUAGUGGAAGGGGAGGUUGGGGUCAGCCUCUGUGAACCACACGGACGGAGAGUGGGGGACGGGUGGUUCCCCAAAGGAAACUGUCACCAGAAAAGGGGGGAUUCCAAACUCUUGUCCCCAAACAGGAAGCAGAGGAAAAAUCACACCAGCAAACUGCACGAGCUGGCAUUGCUGCUCCCUGUGGCCCUGAAGGCUGGGACCAAGAAGCUCACCAAGAAGGAGAUUCUGCUGCACGUCCUGCAGUACAUUCAGCACCUCCAGAGAAGCAUCGACAUGGCCAAGGCCUUGCUCCAACUGCACACCUCCGAUGGCGAAGGCGGUGCUGCAGGGCUGGGUCAGAGCCCAGCUGCGGGCCCCUCGAGGCACAGACACUCCACCCCGUGCAGCUCCCCACACUCUCGCAAGUCCCGGCUGCGAGGAGCCUGCCAGAAGCCCCAGAAGAAGAAGCUGGCCCGAGCGUCAGAACGCCAGACCCAGGCCCAGAACCCUCGCCGCUGUCUGGCCCUGGACAAGCCCAACGAGCAGGUGACCUCAUCCCCAGACCAGAAAGGAGGCAAUGUGGCGGGGACCGCCACCCCUCCAAGAUGCCCCAGCUCCUGCAGUCACCCCAAGCCUGUGUCAUCCCCGCCUCGAGGUGACAGGAAGGGAGGAAGAUCCUGGCUGACGUUGCUGGAUGUGGCCGAGAACAGUGUCCAGUGUGACAUCUCAAGCUGCUACUGCAAACACGGUGCCCGGGACGCCGGGCCUGACCUGGCCUUCGAGGCCCAGCAUGGGGCGGAGAGGAUCCAUUUCCUCCACAGGACACAGCCCCUCCCCAGGCAGCAGCUGGUGUUCUACGAUUCCUGCGAGGAGGUGGACAAGGAGACCCUGGACGCCGACCCUUGGCUUCCCGCCUGGAUCCCAGAGGGCAGCCCCCAUGGGAGCCCACUGGCCUUGGGGCCUCCCCAGAUUGGCAGCUGGAGUGUGACAGGCCACCUGAGCGAGGUCCUGGGGCUCAGCCCCUCCCUCUUCAGCUCCCCGGGGAAACUGCUGCCAGAACAGAUCUUGGAGGAUGACGCCGAGUACCUGAGCCAAGUGCUCUUCGAAGAAGUCUUCUCAGAUCCCACGCUGUCGCCUUCUGCCUGCGCGCUCGAGGCACCGCAGAAGGAUACGCCCUCUGAGGACCCCGAAGAGGCCCCGGACUCCCACAGCCUGUGCCAGUCCUCCGUCUCGCUGGACCAUUGCUACCUCUCCCUGAGCGAGAACAGCAAGGUGCCGUCCAGCCCCAGCUCUGUGGCCAUGGACUCCGAGGCGGCGUGGGUGCAGCUGGAGGAUGCUCAGGCCCAGAGCCUGCAGUCCUCCAGCGACGAGGACGGAGACUACACGUGGACCCCCACCCGGCGGGCCUCGACUCUGUCCCCAGCCGGGAGAAAAGCCCGGAAGGGCCGGGCGGGCAGGGGCCCCGUGAAGCCCAAGGAGAAGAAGAAAGCCCUGGGCGCUGGCCAGACGAAGAAGAAGUGCGUCAACGGCUUCAUCAUGUUCUGCAGGAUGAACCGGAAGCAGUACAUCCGAACCUGCCCCGGGACCGCAUCCACGGCCGCCACCAAGGAGCUGGCGCGACUCUGGCGGGUGAUGACGCUGCGGGAGCGCAGGCCGUAUUGCAUCAAAGCUCGCAGGUUCAGCCGCCAGCACAACCGCAUCGUGAAGCAGGACAGCUCCAGCAGCGAGGACGACGACUGGGAGACCCCCAAGCCCUUCUACCAGCUGCUGGCCGAGAAGGCCCGCCGGUCCCCAGAGCCGGCGCCCCGCAGCCCUCCGGGCACCAGUGAGAGGUAGCCCUGCCCGCCUCGCCCUGCCGCUCCGGAGGCUCUUGCGGAAACCAGGAGCCCGGGAGGACGAGGUGGGCCUCUCCUGGGCCUCACGGGCCUGUGUAGUCCCCUGGGCCGUCCUCUGGGGCCAGGCGGGGGAGGAUUUAUCGACCCCGAU